GAUAACAACAAGACGGCAUUUCUGUGUCAAGUGGUUUAAUGCCGAUACGGAAUUGAACAUUUUCCAAGGAAGGAAAGGCAGUGAUUAAAAAUUGACUUUGCUACCGAUUCAAAGUCAGAUUUUGCAUACUUUGGUGGCUAAAUCUUUCACUUACAUAAAAAAGUUAUUCUUUUGGACCUUGAAUACCCGUAUGUCACAUGACAACCUUACAUCAGGUGACAAAGGCGUAGUUCUCAUUCGCUCCCAGCAAGGAAUUUCUUUAUCCAUUCUCAGACCUAAAACAAAAUGGCAACUGCUGCCACUCCACGUAAUGAGAUAGAAAACACAAUGCGUAUGGGACUACUGAUACAUCGAUCACAAGAUGUGCUUCAAGAUGUCCUCAGUACACAGUUACAAACAACUUAUCCAGGGUUGUUUGAUCCCUCAAAUGGUGGCAAGUUGUUUGAUAUUCUAACUGACCAAAAGGCAAAUCAAACUUUGCUACAGUUGAAAAAAAUGAAAGUUUUGAAUGCAAGCCAAAUGAAGCUUCUAUACCCUUCUGGGAAUCCCUCCACAACUGUGACAUUGAAGGACUUAGAUGUGACUCUUACAGUAGUCUUGUUAAGAAAUAUCACAACACUAAACCCAAAGGGCAGUUGGGAGAAUCCACCGACAACUGACAUGUCCAUGGAGGCACAGAUUGGCAGAGUGAAGAAAUAUCGCAACAAAUUUUCCCACGGGGGGGCCAGUCUAACAGAUGCUGCAUUUCAGACCCAGUUUACAGAAUUGAAAGCUUUGUUGUUAUCACUGUCCACAAUCUACAGCAGUGAUGACUAUGACAAGUUGCUUACUGAUCCAUUGCAUGCAGCAGAAGCACCUUGUCAGCUCAUCUCUACUGACCUUCCUAGUAGAACUCCAGAGCUGAAGGGACGAGUGGACCUGGUGCAGAAAAUACUGCAGCAUGUUGAAAAUGAUACAAAACUCAUUCUCCUGACUGGCAUGGGGGGCAUAGGUAAAACAAGCAUAGCUGUUGAGGUUGGACAUCACAGAAAAUAUGUCAAAAAAGAUGUCUUGCAUAUUGAUAUGAGAAAAGUUGUAAAUCUUGAUUCUGUCAAAUUAUCACUUGUGCAGCACUAUCACCCAAAUCAGUUUUUGAAAGAUAUUUACUGUGAUUAUCAGAACAAAUUUACACAAACUAUGUCUAAUUUAGCAACAGACACUCUCCUUAUCCUUGAUAAUAAUGACAGCGUUUUGAAUUCACACCAGCAAGAGUUUCUGCAGUUACUGGAGGAUGUCAUGAAUUCAUCAAAACAUAUCACUCUUUUAUGCACCAGUCGUGAAUCCUUCAGUCUUCUGUCACAAACCACAGUUACUAUAGACAUCCCUCCCCUUGAUAAAACAUCUUCACUUGAAGUCCUUUGGGGGGGAAAUACAAUCAGCCCCACAGAUAGUGAGACAGAAGCUUUAGGUGAAAUAUCAGAGAGAUGUGGCCACAAUCCCCUGGCAUUAAAAUUAGCAGCUACCCAGAUCAAGCUCAAAACAGUACAAAAAGUGUUAGAGAAAAUGAACCGCAUGAAGGUCCUCCCCUCUCUUCAGUUACCUAACAUUCCAGCAUCUCAAGGUAUGCUUACCUGCUUAGAGAUGUCUUAUGAAACACUGACUGACACAGAGAAAAGGGUGUUAAGGGGACUGCAUAUAUUUCCUGUUGCAUUCAAUUCAGAAGAAGUCUCCGAGAUUUUGGAGAUGGAUGAAGAUGAAUGUGAAUCUGUCCUUGACAAUCUCAGUGCUAAAUCACUCUUGAGUUUAGUCCAAAAUACCUAUGAUCUGCAUCCUUUGGUGAAGGAGUAUGCAGAGUUUCUUGCACAAACUGACAACAAUGAAAUCACUCACACACGAAAGAAAUACCGUGAUUAUUACAUAUGUCGUGUGCUCCAGCUAUACAUUGUGCAAAAUAUUAAAGCUUCACUUUUUGAAAAUAUGUCAAAACUGGUGCCCCAUUUACACAUGACUGCCACCUUGCUUAAAAUGAAACUCUGCACUUCUGGCAUACAACAGAAGAAAAUCAAACUCAAUAUCCUACAAAUGAUUGCAAAUACAUUCCAUUUUCUAUUUCUGAAUCAAGAAGCUCUUUCGAUUUUUCAAUCAAUUGAGGUAGAUAUGAACAUGUUUUUUGAAGGUCAACCAAUGGAAAAAGCAAAAUUGCACAACAAUAUUGGUGGAGUACUAAAAGCCAUGGGUAAGUACAAAGAAGCACUUGGGUAUUAUAAAAAAUGCCUGGAGGUAAAGGAAGAGUUCCUAGGUCUCAAACACCCUGAUACUGCUGCCUCAUACAACAAUAUUGGUAGUGUACUGAGAAACAUGGGUAAGUAUAAAGAGGCACUUGACUAUCAUAAAAAAUGCCUGGAGGUAACGGGAGAGGUCCUAGGUCUAAAACACCGUAAAACUGCUACCUCAUACAACAAUAUUGGUGGAGUACUACAAGACAUGGGUAAGUACAAAGAAGCACUUGGGUAUCAUAAAAAAUGCCUGGAAGUAAAGGAAGAGGUCCUUGGUGUCAAACACCCUGAUACUGUUACCUCAUACAACAAUAUUGGUAAUGUACUGAGUCACAUAGGUAGGUACAAAGAGGCACUUGAAUAUCACAGAAAAUGCCUGGAAGAAAAAAAAGAGUCCCUAGGUCUCAAACAUCCUGAAACAGCUAAAUCACACUACAAUAUUGGUAUAAUACUACAAGAAAUGGGUGAGUACGAAGAGGCACUUGACUAUCUUAAAAAAUGCCUGCAGGUAGAGGAAGAGUUCCUAGGUCCCAAACACCCUGACACAGCUAAAACAGACAGAAGCAUUGGUGAAGUCCUACAAAACAUGGGUAAAUACAACGAGGCACUUGACUAUUUUAAAAAGUGCCUGCAGGUAAAUGAAGAGGUCCUAGGUCUCAAACACCCUGAUACUGCUUCCUCAUACGACAGUAUUGGUAAUGUACUGAGAAACAUGGGUAUGUACAAAGAGGCACUUGACUAUCAUAGAAAAGGAUUAGAUGUAAGAGAAGAGCUCCUAGGUCCCAAACACCCUGAUACUGCUUACUCCUACAACAAUAUUGGCUGUGUACUGGAAGUUAUGGGUAAGUACAAAGAGGCACUUGACUAUCAUAAAAAAUGUCUGAAAGUGAAUGAAGAGUUCCUUGGUCCCAAACACCCUGAAACAGCUAGAUCAUACAACAAUAUUGGCUACGUACUACAAGACAUAGGUAAGUUCGAAGAGGCACUCGACUAUUACAAAAAAUGCCUGGAGGUAAGGGAACAGGUCCUUGGCCCCCAACACCCUUAUACUGCUUACUCAUACACCAAUAUUGGUGGAGUACUACAAGACAUGGGUAAGUACAAAGAGGCACUUGUCUAUCAUAAAAAAUGUCUGGAAGUGCAAGAAGGGCUCCUAGGUCUCAAACACCCUGAUACUGCUACCACAUACAGCAAUAUUGGCAAUGUACUAAAAGCCAUGGGUAAGUACAAAGAGGCACUCGACUAUCAUAGAAAAUGUCUAGAAGUAAGGGAAGAGAUCCUAGGUCUCAAACACCCUGAUACUGCUGCCUCAUACAACAAUAUUGGCACUUUACUAAAAGACAUGGGUGAGUACAAAGAGGCACUUGACUGUUAUAAAAAAAGCAAAGAAGUGAUAGAAGAUGUGCUAGGCCCCAAACACCUUCAUACUGCUCAUUUGUACUACAAUAUUGGUGAUUUACUACAAGCCAUGGGUGACUACAAAAGAGCACUUCCAUAUUUAAAAAGAUGCCACAAACUGAAAAAAGAACUGCUAGGCCCCAAGCAUCCUGAUGUUGCUGUAGUAUUUAUUUUAAUUUGUGCUGUACUUCUUAACAUGGGGCAGUCCGAAGAGGCAAUGAAAUAUAUGUUUGUAAAAAUCAGGGAAAUAAGUGAUGAAAGAGGAUCUAGGAUCUAAACAUCCUGAUAUGGCUACCUGAUACAACAACAUAACAAAAGUGCUGGAAUAAAUGGGUGAAGAUAAAAACACUUGCAUAUAAAAAUAAAUGGAAUAUAAUGAGAGAAUAGCUGUUAGACUGCAAACACCCUUAUAUACCGACUCAUAAUAACACUUCUGGCUGUGUACUGCAAGCUUUGAAUGUUAAAAAAAAAUGGACACAUGUUCUAGCUGUAAUGUAACUUUCAAAACACAUGGAACUUUAAACUGUUAGUAUAGAUGUUUUGGGGAAAUUGAUUAAUUCAUAUUGCUUACAUUUACUAAGCAGUUAUUGUACAAGAGGGUUAAAUACUCUCAAGACAGAUGUUGAAUAUAUUGAAAAGAUGUAUGUUGAAGUUUGGCAUUUAGUCUCUUUUACAUUGCAGUGCACUUGAAAUAUGUAACUGAACAUCUCGACUCUCUUUGUCCCAAAUAUGUUUAUAUAGUCCUUACUUCUUCAAAAAAUAUCUCUGUAGAAUUUAAUUCUCUGUUUCUCUAAAGUCCAAACUUCUUUUGAAAUUUAUCAACAGUCUUAAUUUCUCCAAGAAUUCUAAUAUAGUCCCAACUUCUCCAAAAAAUGUCUGUAGUUCUCAAUUUUCCAAGAAUAUCUACCAGUAUACUGUGGUCACUUCUCCAAGAACAACUAGAUAGUGUCUUCUUUUCUUUCUUCAAGCAUAGCCAUAUGCUAACUACAAACUUUGGGUGGGUGCAUGGCUAAC